GUUUGUUUCGUGUUAUUAAAUUCUCUUUCCGAUGAUAACGUCUGACAAGUGGGAAGAAGCACAAAAAAUGUUUUAGAGUGUACAUUUAACGCUUAACGUAUAACCCCGCGCAGCGUCCACUUGCACAGAUUCAAAUUCACGACGAGUUUAAUCAAUAAAUAUGGUAUCGUCAAUGCAUCAUCGUCUUCAUUUUUGUUCUAAUGGAGGUAGGAGUUUGGAUAGUUGGCGUGUUAUUAAGGGUCCUGUGCUUCAUCACGGCUCCGUUUUUCUGGCUGCGAACCCGCAAGGAGCAGAGAGUGCCUCCGAUCAAGGACCCACUGCUUAUGAAAAGCGCGACAAAGUUGGCCGCUGAAAUACGUAACGGGGAGUUGACUAGUGAAAAUCUAGUGUCGAGAUACGUAUUGAGGAUACAAGAAGUCAAUCCGUACAUCAAUGCCGUGGUCGAAGAUCGUUUCCAAGCCGCUAUGGAGGAGGCGAGGGAUGUUGAUAGGAAGAUAUCCGAGGCUCGAGGAAGAGGGGACCUGGACAAGUUGGUAGCUGACAAACCAUUGCUCGGUGUACCUUUCACUGUUAAGGAAAGUUGCUCACUCGCCGGUAUGUCCAACUCCGUGGGUUGCUUGGAGUUUUUGGGUCGUCGGGCGUUAACAGACGGCGGGGGUGUGAGUCGCGUGCGGGCCGCGGGUGGAAUCCCCCUGCUGGUGUCAGCGACCCCUGAACUGUGUCUGGGCUGGGAGACGACCAGCUUACUGCGAGGGCACACCAACAACCCCUACGGCCUCGCGAGGACGCCGGGAGGAUCUUCAGGAGGGGAGGCGGCGUUAGUAUCGUCGGGAGCGUCUGUCAUAUCAGUGUCGUCGGACAUCGCCGGCUCCAUCAGGAUACCCGCAGCUUUCUGCGGUCUCUAUGGACACAAACCCACGCCAGGUAUAAUUCCAAUCUCCGGUCACAUUCCGACUCUCCAGGACGAGCAAUACGCUCGUUUCUUGACCGUGGGUCCCAUCACUCGUUACUCCGAGGACCUGCCGCUGAUGAUGAAGGUGUUGGCGGGGGACAGGGCGCACGAAUUGGAUCUCGACACGCCAGUCGCCUUACACGAGUUAAAGGUGUACUUCAUGACGGAGGCGUCUCGCUCCGUGGCGUUCUCGCCGGUGGAGCUGAGCAUCCAGCGAGCGAUCUUGGCGGCCGUGCAGCACCUGCAGAGCCGCGGCGCCACCGUCUGUGAGGACAAGUUCAACGACUUCGAGGACGCGGUCGAGAUGUCGGCGUCGGUGUUCUUCUCGAUGAAAGACAUUCCCAACAUGUUGCAGGACCCGGCCAACCCUAAGCGCGAGAAGAACCUGAUACUUGAAACUUUGAAGACGUUACUCGGCUCGGGGUCGAGGACUUUGCAGGCGCUCGGCUUCGAGGUUCUGAAGAGGAAGAGGCUGUUCGUACCCAAAGAGAAGGUCCCCCACUACAUAGAGAGGACUGACAGACUGAGAGAAACGAUGGAGCGCGCCCUGGGCUGUUCCGGCGUGUUCCUGUUCCCGAGUCACUCGUGUUCGUGUCACGCCCACGGCGGCGUGUUCGUAAAGGCGGCGGGCGUUGUGUACACGAUGCCGUUCAACGCGCUGGGUCUCCCGGCUACGUCGGUCCCGAUCCCGGGCCCCGGGCCUCGGCCCGUCGCCGUGCAGGUGGUGGCGGGCCCGGGACAGGAUCGGCUCUGCCUGGCGGUCGCCCGGGAGUUGGAGAACAAGUUCGGUGGCUGGACUCCCCCUUAACUAAGCAUGUCCCGCGACCUGGCCUCCCCGCUGUACAGACGUCUCUCCCUGUGAUCGUAUCUGUGUACAUCGUAUGUGUCUCUACAGUCUCGUCACUUCCCUAGCCACAUUCUCUGCUGUGAGUGAGGGUGUCUGCCGUGUAUCCUCGUCUCAGUCGCUGUACGUUUAUGUAAAUACUCGGUUAGCUAAUAUUUUUGUAAGGUGUUUUACACGGAUGUUAUACUACUAUUCUCCGACGCGCUCUCCGCCCGGACGAGCCGCUGUCACUGAACUGUCUUUUGGAAUGUGUUUGUAACAUACAAUGUUCUUAAUAAAUAAAUGUACUGAUGAA